GUCGACUGCGAAGAUGAGAUUUCUUCAAAAUGUUAAUUUGAAGGGAAUAGCGUCACUCCAAACUAGAUCUAUACAUUCUACUCCUAUAUUCUUAAAAGCUAAGCAACAAAGCGCUCAGGAAGAGACAGAAGAAGACUUUGGUGACGACUUAAUUGGCGGCACUACAGAGGACGCUGUAGAGUCAUCCAAUGGUUUAGUAGAACAAGUACCAUCUCAGUCAUCUCCAAACAGCACUUGGAAGACAGCAGUCGACUACCUGAGUCCAAAACUAGCCGAUGGUAAACAAAUAGACCCAACGAACCGUCCAAAAGCAAGUAAAGUUGUAGACGCCCUAGUUCAAGCUAAGAAUACUGAAGAAAUUGACAUCGGUAUCGACUUAUACAGACGUUGGCAGUCUUUCAAAUUGGGUGUAAAUCGUAACGCACACGGUCAAAUACUCAAUAACCUUUGCAAACAAGGUAGAUCUGACAUCGCAUUUGAAUUCUUGUCGGAUUUCCAAAAGUUCAAUCUCACUUUACCGGAUAGAACCGUCGCUAGGACACUUUCACUCAGUUUGCACGACAAGAAAGAUGAGAAUGCAACACCAUUACAAUUGCUACCAAUUUUGAGAGCAUUCCACUACAGACCACAUGAUGCAUUCUGCGUUGCAAACGCCAUCAGAUCAGUAGAACAAGGUGACGAAAUGCGUGUCGUUUUGCUCGAUUGGAUUAAAGAUUUGGACGUUCAUAGGGUGAUACCAGUUGAAGUUUCACAACUCGCAGACGCCGAGAAGGUCUGGAGUGAUCUGCGUGUAAUUGCAGAGGAAGAAGGCAAAGCUGGCGAAUGGUUAGACAUACUCGGAAACAAGUUAUUGGAGAAGAAGUCAAAGAGUGAAAAAUACGCUGAACGCAAAGCAAGAAAGCAGCAACAACGACAAACUUAGAAUAAUCUUAUAUAAAUAUG